GUAUGAAUCGAUCCACAAGCCACUUACUUAAACUUACCAAAUGCACGUUUACGUGUUACUACGCGGCAAACGCAGGAAGAACAAUGGGGGCGCUCUCUCUUUGCGCCGUGGCCGUGGUAGCCGCCAUUCUCGCGAGCAGCCUGCUGCCUGGUUCUAAUGCUCAGACUGGCGGCGGCGGCGGCGGCGGUGGCGACGUCGACGGAAAGCAGGUCUACAUCGUGUACAUGGGACAUCAGCCGUCGUCGGAGCCGGGGGAGAAGACGGCGCCCGGAGGCUUCUCUGCUGCAGAGGCUGCGCAUCAUCAGCUGCUGAACCGAGUCCUCGAUGACAGCUCCGCUCAGGAGAGGAUCAUCUACAGUUACAAGAGGAGCCUAAGUGGAUUUGCAGCCAGACUGACGGAACAAGAGAAACAAAAGCUCUCUAGCAUGGAGGGCGUCGUGUCGAUCUUCCCAAGCAGGACGCAUCAAACUCUCACGACAAGAUCAUGGGACUUCCUAGGCUUCCCCAAGAGUUCAAACCAAAGCCUGGAGCUGCAGGGCGACGUCAUCGUCGGCAUGCUGGACACCGGCCUGUGGCCAGAUUCCCCGUCGUUCUCCGACGAGGGCUUCGGCCCACCGCCGGCCAGAUGGAAGGGCACUUGCUACAAUUUCACCUGCAACAACAAGAUCAUCGGCGCUCGGGCGUACAGGCAGGGAUCGACGGCGGGGCUGUCGCCGGUGGACACGCGCGGCCACGGGACCCACACGGCGUCGACGGUGGCGGGCCGGGCCGUAGGCCACGCCAGCCUCGGCGGCCUGGCCUCCGGCACGGCCCGCGGCGCCGUGCCAGGCGCUAGGCUGGCCAUCUACAAGGUGUGCUGGGACGACCUUGGCGGCGAGUGCCGCGACGAGGACAUGCUAGCGGCCUUCGACGACGCCGUGGCCGACGGCGUCGACCUCAUCUCCUUCUCCAUCGGGAGCAACAUGCCGGUUCAGUACUUCGAGGACGUCGCCGCCAUCGGCUCGUUCCACGCCAUGAAGCGCGGGGUGGUCACCUCGACCGCCGCCGGCAACUCCGGGCUCGACGACGGCCGCGUCUGCAACGUCGCGCCAUGGCUGCUCUCCGUCGCUGCCAGCAGCAUUGACCGUCGGUUCGUUGACAAGCUGGUGCUCGGAAACGGCAAGACCAUCGUGGGAGUCUCCAUUAACAUCUUCCCCGAGGUGAAAGCUCCCCUUGUUGUUCCCAUCAAUGGUUCCUGUGAAGCAGAGUCGCUGGCCGCGGCCCCCGGACGGCCAUAUGAGGGCAAGAUCCUUCUCUGCGCAGAGCUGAGCGCAAAGUCCAGAGGGGUCCUCGCCGGCGUUGCCGGCGUGGUCCUGGUCACAUUCCAGCCUGACGUCGCCUUCACGAUGCCUCUCCCCGCCGUCUGGGUUACCCAGGAUCAGUUCACCGGAAUCAUGGCCUACGUCAACAGAACCCGCGAUCCUGUGGGCACCAUCCACACCAGCGAGACACAGUUCGACUCCGAAGCGCCCAUCGUGGCCUCCUUCUCUUCACCGGGCCCAAACAUGAUCACUCCAGGGAUCUUGAAGCCUGACCUGUCGGCGCCGGGGAUCGACAUCCUGGCGGCAUGGACGCAGCUGGCGCCGGUUGCCGGCAGCAGGGUUGGGUACAACAUCGACUCGGGCACGUCCAUGGCGUGCCCGCACGUGACCGGCGCCGCCGCCUACGUCAAGUCCUUCCACCCCGACUGGUCGCCGGCCAUGAUCAUGUCGGCUCUCAUCACCACAGCGACUCCGAUGGACCCGGAGCGCAACCGCGGCGGCGGCGAGCUGACGUACGGCGCGGGGCAGCUGAACCCGGCGCGGGCGCGGGACCCGGGGCUCGUGUACGACGCGCGCGAGGGCGACUACGCCGCCAUGCUCUGCGCCCAGGGCUACAACUCCACGCAGCUCCGCCUCGUCACCGGCUCUGACCAAGCCGUGGCCUGCCCCCUGGGAGGCUCAUCCUCCGCCGGGGACCUCAACUACCCGACGAUGGCCGUCCCCGCCACGCCGGGGAAGAACUUCACCGCCCGCUUCCCGCGCACCGUUACCAACGUCGGCGUGCCAAGGUCGGUGUACGUCGCCAAGGUCAUCAGCUCCAGGUCCCUCGUCCGCGUCGCUGUCUCGCCGAGGAGGCUGAAAUUCAGCCGGCUGGGCCAGAAGAUGUCGUUCACCGUGUCGGUCUCCGGCUCGCUGCCGGAGGCCAACGAGUUCGUGUCAGCGGCCGUCGUGUGGUCCGACGGCGUCAGGCAGGUCAGGAGCCCGUUGAUUGUGCACACCGUCGAUGUCCAAGGAUGA